ACACACACACACACACUAGUGGAUCGCUCUUUAGACCGGUAGAGAGAUUCUUAGCUGCCUUGACAUAUGCCAGUUAUCGCUGAUACCAGUGUCCGUGAGAAAGAUCUGGCGGGAGGCAAAAAAUAUUUAUAUAUAUUAACUGUGUCUAGACUUUUGUUUAUGACAUCGGAUCUGAAUUAAAACCGACAAACAGGGAAAUAAAGGUAAAGCAUAUGUAAGUGUGAUGUUCGCUGACGGCCGAACUGCUCAGUGUUGUUGACACAUCCUCAGCUAGCCGUCCGGGCUAGCACACUGAAACUUGUGAAGAAUGUCUACGGGCGACAACCCUCACACUCUCCUGGGAAGGAUACGGUUUUUAAACAAGUGCAUUGAUUGUUUCCGGAAAAGUGAACCUCUGCCGGAGUCUUUAUGUUACGUGCCGAAGGAGGUUUGCUAUAAAAUCUGUAAAGAUUCGUCAUCGGGCUCCGCUUCCGCGUCGUCGUCAACAGCUGGUAACUCCGGUGGUAAGAGUCUGGUGUCCGUAUGGGAGAGCCCACAUCAAGCGCCACAUAAGAAAUUGUGCAAGUGCAACAUCGAACCAAAGAAAGGGACGUGUAUACGGACAACAGGGGAAGAAUACUGUAACAGCCAUGGCCUUUGGGUCAAAAUAAGCAAGGAGCAGUUGGAGGAGCAUCGUGGUGGUCUGGACCUAGAGGAAGGCUGGAUUCUGGUGUGUAAACACACAGAGGGUGGAGACAGGCUUGUGCCAGUGGAAUCUCCUGAUACUAUCAGCCGGCAACAGCAGCUGUUUGGCUAUGACCACAAGCCUUGUAACAGAUGGGAGCAGGUCGUGGAUGUGGAGAACUCCUUACACGUCGGUGCGAAACCUAAGGUGGCAGAGUCAGACGAGGCUGCUGUUCGGAAGCUGAGGUAUGUACCUCCUACGUGGACUUUUGAAUGCGACGAGGACCUCGUUCACUACUUCUAUGACCAUAUUGGGAAGGAAGAUGAAAAUCUCGGCAGUGUGAAGCAAUGUGUGACCAGCAUUGAUGUGUCUUCUAGUUCGGAGGACCCCAGUGGUGGUGCAAGUUGCCUGACAGAUGGAGACACAGAGACAUACUGGGAGAGUGAUGGCAUGCAGGGACAGCACUGGAUCCGUCUGCACAUGAAGAGAGGCACUGUGGUCAAUUUAUUUUAUUUUCAUUUUAGCAAACUGAUAUUAACAGUGGAUUCAACAGAUGAUAACUACAUGCCCAAAAGAGUGACUGUGUAUGGUGGAGAGGGAGAAAACCUCAAGAAAUACAGUGACGUAACAAUAGAUGACAAUUUAAUAGGAGAGGUUUGCGUUCUGGAGGAUAUGACGUCUCACUUGCCUGUUAUAGAGAUCAGGAUUGAGGAAUGCAGAGAUGAGGGAAUUGAUGUACGGAUCAGAGGUCUAAAGAUUAAAUCGUCCUGUGAGCGUGACCUGGGCCUGAAUGCAGAAGUAUUCCAGUCUCCCAACCUUGUGCGCUACCCAAGACUGGAGGGCACACCCCCUGAUGUCCUUUUUCGGCGUGCACUGGUCAUUCAGAGGUUCAUCACACUCCUGGACUGUCUGUUGCCUCAUAUAGUACCUGCAUGGGACUACAGCCUUGGGACAUUCAACCAGAUCAAAAGCAUAAAGCAGUUCCUGUUGUUGUCCAAGCGUCGCUCUGCCCUCAUAACCCAGUGCCUGAAGGACUCUGAGACCAGUAAGCCUAACUUCAUGCCCCGCCUUUACAUCAACCGUCGCCUCGCCAUGGAACACCGUGACAACCCCACUCUGGACCCCACUUGUAAAAAUGCAGUCUUCACUCAGGUGUACGAGGGUCUGAAGCCAUCUGACAAGUACGAAAAGACUCUAGACUACAGGUGGCCAGCACGAUAUGACCAGUGGUGGGAGUGUAAAUUCAUCGCAGAAGGCAUCAUCGAUCAAGGUGGUGGAUUUCGAGACAGCCUAGCAGAUAUGUCUGAAGAGCUGUGUCCCAGCUCAUCAGAGUGCUCCAUGCCUCUUCCAUUUUUCACUCGGACCUCUAACCAGGGAGCUGGAGAGGCCAGAGACUUCUAUGUGCCAAAUCCUUCAUGCCGACAAUUCCACAAGUUUGAGUGGAUUGGGCAACUUAUGGGUGCAGCUCUUCGUGGGAAAGACUUUCUGGUUCUGGCUCUGCCGGGACUGGUGUGGAAGCAGCUAAUUGGAGAAGCCGUCAGCUGGAGCAAAGACUUCCCUGCAGUAGAUUCAGUGCUUGUAAAGUUGUUGGAGGCUAUGGAGCAUAUGGACAAAGAAACAUUUGACUUUAAGUUUGGUCAGGAGCUUGUGUACACCACACCUCUGAGUGACGGCCGGCUGGUAGAGCUGAUUCCAGGAGGCAUUGGAGUAGUGGUUCGAUAUGAAGAUCGCAAUGAGUUCAUACGCUUGGUAAAGAAAGCGAGACUAGAAGAGAGCAGAGAACAGAUAGCUGCCUUGCAGGCAGGACUAGUGAAGGUGGUGCCACAGGCUGUGCUUGAUCUUCUAACAUGGCAGGAAGUGGAGAAGAAAGUGUGUGGAGACCCAGAAAUCACAGUGGAGGCCCUUAAACGCCUCACACGCUAUGAGGACUUGGAACAAACAGAUGUCAGAGUGCAAUAUUUAUGGGAAGCCCUGAUGAACUUCACCAAUGAGGAUCGUAGCAGGUUUUUGAGGUUUGUCACUGGCAGAAGUCGUCUUCCUGCUCCAAUCUACAUCUUCCCAGACAAACAAGGGUCUGAAAUCACAGAUGCACUACCACAGUCUUCAACAUGUUCCAGCACCCUUUAUCUACCCAAAUACCCAAGUGCUAAAAUUUGUGAAGAGAAGCUUCGCUAUGCUGCAUAUAACUGUGUGGCCAUCGACACAGACAUGAGCCCAUGGGAGGAGUGACCUGAUCUUGACGUGUUUACGGCAACAGGAUUUUUGCGUAAAUUAACUGUAGCCAUCAGCACCAUGCAUAUGACCAUGUCUACACUAUUGCCAAUUACAUCUGUAGAGUAUAAAUAAAAAUGUUAUAAAUGGA